AUGCUGUAUGGAGUACGGAUACCUAUGCGCUUCUCGGAGUUCCUAGAUCAAGGCGAACAUGGAACUGGGAGGAGCCCGCCAACCCGCAGCCAUGCCAUCUCAGGCAAUCCGGGCCCUCAAUGCUGCAAUGCUGCAAUGCAUCCGCCAACUUACCGCCUUAUCGACCACCACGAUAAGUCCGAUGAGUGCCGGCCGCAGCCCGUGGGUGGCUCCCACGUUCCCCUGCUUUGCCUGCCUCCCCAGGUAUCGACGUUGUGA